AUGACUCGCCUCGGUGUCUUUGCACUAGCUGUAUGCUCAGUUUGGGGCGCUACGGCCCUGAGUAUCAAUGGCUCAGACCUGGACCUGGAACAUGAAGUCGGCAUUGACACAUACCGACUGCCAAAGUUGACCACCACGAUUCCCUACCUGGGCAAGCACAAGGCAACCCGGACCAUCCAUCCUUGCCGCACCGGCCCUGUCAUCGUCGUCAUCCAGACACCUCUUGAAGUGGCUCACUGCGGCCUGCAGACCACAACCGUUUCACAGCCAGCCUCUACAACAGAGACUGAGAGCGUUUCCUCGACGACGGAAACGGGAGCGCCUGUCACAACGGGAACUGAAUCGUCUUCUACAUCGACUACUGGACCGGAGACAUCGACUCUGACGAACAGAGUCACGACGUCUCAGAGCACCGAGACGGAAACCACGGCUAUGGAGACAUUGACCGGGACCGGGACCACUGAGACGGAGACAAGUGCUGCUGAGACGCUGACAGAGAGCCAAAUCACUGAGACGUUGACGGAGAUUAGCCUAACUAAAACACCGACGGAGAUCAGUACCACCGAGACGCUUACGGCGACCAGCACCAUGGAGACGCUUACAGAUGUCACGACCAUCGAGUCGUCAACAGAGCCAAAGACAACCGAGAUGAAUACUAGCACUGUCGAGACGUUGACAGAGAGCAAGACCACCGAGACCUUAACGGAGAUCAGCACCAGCGAAACGUUGACGGCAACCAGCACCGUCGAGACACUGACAGAUACCAAGAUCACCGAGACGCUGACAGAGUCGAAGACCACCGAGGCGGAGACCAAGACGACCGCGACUCCUACUUCCUCCAAAUGCCCGGAGCCAACGCUGGGUGGACCUUGCCGUGUCCGAUACGGCUGCCUGCCCGAGGGCCUUGACAUCGCCUACUACUCCAAUCCCUUUGGCGGCUACAGCCGACAGGGCGACCUCCCCUCAUCCUACUACAUCACGCAGAACCUCCGCAGCCUCGCCGCCUCCACCACCAACGAGACGUAUUUCCCGCAAGACACGCCCCCCGACGAGGCCUCCUUCCCGCGCGUCUACCCCCGCGCCGACCUCCCCGGCGCCUGGUACGCCGCGGGCUGGACGCGCGCCACCAACGGCGGGCUCACCGUCGACGCCAACAACUUCACGCUCGUAUAUGCGGGCUUCUACCGCGCGCCCGAGUCGGGCAUCUUCAAGCUGUGCACCACGGCGGACAACGAGAACGACGUCUUCUUCGGCCGCGGCGUGGCGUUUGACUGCGUGACUGGCAAGGCGGACCCCGAGGCGCGGCCCGUCAUCGUCUCGACGGGCGGCAACUACGUCAACGGCAUCAACUGCACGGACGUGAGCCUCGCGGAGGGCGAGUAUUACCCGCUGCGGAGCGUCAUGGGCGACUGGCAGGGCCCCUCGGCGUUUAACCUGACCAUCAAGCGUCCGAGCGAGCCGUUUGAGGAGAGGAAGAAUGUCUUUGACGGGCUGGUCUACCCGCACGCGUGUGGGGAUUAUUGA